AUGUCGUCUACCGCUCUCAUCAUUCCAGUACUGUUCGUCGUCGCGUUGCCCGGGAUGUUUGCGCUUUCCACGCUCAAACCCUUGAACCUGUCCCAACCGCAAGGAGCAGCGGCUAAACCCUUCGAGAAAAAAAGCAUCGCCGUGAUCGGCGCCGGCGGUCCACUAGGAGCUUUGACUUUUGGAUUUCUCCAGCGCGCGUGUUCUCUCUACGGCACGGGUCUGGGGAAAGUCCGGACACUCGGGGCCACGUCUGACACUGCGACGCAGCUCAAUCGCGUAUUAGGCAAGCAGUUCGUUUUGGCCUUUGCGGAUGAAUCCGUCAUCAAGCUCACCAAUCUGCAAUCGGUCGAGGCGCUACAGGAUCGUUUCGAAGGCUGGAAUGCCGUAGUAUGGGGAACCGAUGUGGUGUUAAAAACUCGACCCGUUACGGCCAAUACCUUUGAAACGACACCGAACGACAAGACGGUGGAACUGUACUGGGACGCCGACGGGAAAGCCGGGGAUGUACAGACGGGAAAUGCCGACGAGGUGAAACGUUCGAUUCUUUCCAAUGUGCUACAAGCAUCGCGAACCGCCAAGCUGCAACACAUGGUUGUCGUGGACGACGGAUCGAUUCCAAAUCUUCUCGAGCAGCUCGCUGAUUGUGGCACCCCGUACACUUGCAUACGACCAACGGGUCCCUUGGAGAGUAGACAGGAUUAUACUUUUCGCAAAGGUGUUCAGGGUGAUCUACGUAUCACCAAGCUUGCCACUUUUUCUGCCACUUUAUCUCCGAGAACCGACACGCCGAUUCCACGCGAAGACGUGGCCGCCCUUUGUGUCGAAUGUUUGCAAAGCUUGGAUUGGAGUCAAAGUCGGUGUUUGCAAGUAUCGUGUGUAGGAGCUCUGGAUCUACCGGCCGGAGCUUCGGGCAAACGAUCCGAUCAAGAGUGGUGCGUCAACACGUUCGUACUACGCGAUCGACUGGUAGGUAUCGACCGAAAAGAUCCCGACGAAAUCGUCCAACCCGUCUUAUUUUAA